AUGCCUAUUGAGGUUCACUCCAAUAACAAGGUGAGUUCUUUCAAGGCAAUAGAUAAAAAAAAAAAAAACUAAAAGGCUAACAGACAAGAUCUUGUGUCCAAAAACCAUAACCCCCAGUGAGGAACUUUCUGUUUGUGUCAAUUUUGGCGCCCCCCAGUGGACGAAAAUUUUCUGACCUUGUUCAGUCCAUGUCAAAAUAGUGCAAAGUGGCAAAAAAGGUAAUCCUGCUUUCCUUUAAAAGUAAAAAAACUUAUCUAGUCCCAUCCCUUCUCCUACACUAAUGGUUUAAAUAUAUAUCAUGAUAUUAUAUAAUAAUAUUAAUCAUCAUAAUAAUUAUGCCCCAGCCAUUUAGGAUAUUCAGAUUAAUGAAACAUUCUUGUGGUUGUUUUUUUUUUUUUUUUUUCAGGAUAAACCAAAGAAAAUGUGUUUCAAGUACAACCUUUUCCUAAACUCUGAGGAUGACUUCCUGCUCUGUGAAACACUCACCUUUCACACACCUUCCAAAGAGUUCAGGAGAAAGCUGAUUCAAGCUGGAGGGGUGAGGCUGCCCGGCAUAUGGACUUCUUGACUCGGCUGAUUGUUUAAUAACUGCCUGUAGUUAGGGAGCAGCAGUGACCAUGCUAUGUUUCAUUUAUUCUCAAAAAUACCAGGUGACUCUGAAAAUGUAAUUAGUGACAUUGUCGUACAGCUUGUAUCUCAAAGACUCGCAUCACUGUUUUCUCUCUCUGUUUUAGAUAGUUUUAUUCCCAGAGGAGGCCGAGACAGCACCAGAGUCCAGCUCACAUUCUCCAAUCCCCCAAAGAAAGAAAAUCAAGACAUCUCAUGUGACAGGGGUAGGUCAACAUGCCAACACAAACUUUGAUCUGUGAGUGAAGAAAAUAUGCAGCACUUUAACCCUCAAGCGAUCUCAGCGGCACUUUCAAGCUGCUCAAUCCUUUACUGUCAUUAAACUGGAACACAGUGAAGUCUGUUUGAUAAUGCUGCCUUAUUUAUAAUAUGUUCCCUACUUCUCCAAAACGUGUCAACAUAGGCAUAAAAAAAAUAAACAUAACUUGAGAAAUACAAUUAAUCCAUUGCAUUAGAUAUAAGAAGACUCAGUAAAUGCUCACAUUCAAGUGCUCUAGAGGUUAAGUUUAGAGUGAGGAGGGAUGAUUUUGUCUCUUCUUGUUCCUGUCAUAGACGAUGACUGUGCAUAUGUGCAUCUCUCUUAAGGAACCCUGCAAAGGAGGAAGUGGUGACAGCAGCCAAGCAGCAAAAAGCUGA